UUAUAUAUUAUGAAGUCAUUUUAUAACGACACAUUUCACACUUUGAGAAAUGCUGCGCAUAUAUUUUUGUAGCAUAACAUUUUGAAAGCUGAUAUUACGGAUGACGUAAAACCAACGGAACGCAGUUAAUCGACGUUAAAAUAUUUUCUAUCGAAGAAUUUCACUUCGAACAUGACGUUGACGUUUUGUAUUUCGAGGUGCUAGAUAUAUUUUCGCACAAAUAAGCGCGUCGUCAUCGAGAAAUGAGCGGUUAGGCGAUCCGAAAAACGUGCGGAAUGCAGUUGGCAACCAGUCAGAGGCCUCACCCGCCUCCGGUGCCACCUCGGCCGAGUCGGCAGGUGGUUGCCGAGGCCCUUAAGAGGUCGCCAAGGCCGCCCUGUCCUACUAGACAGGCACCGCCGCCGCCAAACACGAAGCCCUGGAGAUCCAAUCAACAACAAACGCAACAGCAGCAACAGGUGGAUCCAUCACCGGCUGGACGCACGAUCGUAUAUGAGUCCAUCAAAGAGGAUUGCAAGGACGAAAACGCGCCCGACGAUAUGCGAGAUCGCAAGCAAGCGCGAAACGCGAUCGACAGGAAUGCCGAGGACAAUCGGUCAGAGAACGCAGGCAAGAUCGCCUCGUCUCAUGAACAUCACGAGAUCUGUACAAACACUAGCUCAGGGAAGCUUUAUCCUACGGGAAACAUCCCGGUGAACAUUGUGCGAAAACGCAACAGUCUGACUGAGGAUCAACGGCCUCAACACAGACUGGAGACUCGAAAAAACUCCCGUGGGAAGGAUCCAAUCGAUCUAUCGGACUAUCGAGGACGAUGCACGGGUUCGCCCGGUAAGGAUCAACAGAAGGAGAGUAGUGCUGUCGCCGCGACGGAGAGAGUCGAAGCGACAUUGACGAUGACGAAGCUACCGGCAGCUGUCAAGACUGUCAACGUGUCCUUGGAAGACGGGCAUCAUGCUUUGUUAUCUAGUCCGGAUUCCGCUGGCGGGCAAGUCAUGGUGAGUCACCCGGAAAAAUGCAACGGCAAUUCGGAGAGAGAGACGGAUGACGAGCAGGUUGGAUCGACGCCCACGUGCAGAUCGUGCCCUGGUGAACAGCAGCAGCAGAAACAGCAUCCGGAAAUUCUCUCGGCAAAGGGAAAGGCUGCCGGGAAUGACGGCGCUGAGGCUGUAUCCUCGAUCGAGAGAUCGACGAGCGUCCCGAGCGUUGACCGCGCCGCCACCACGGUGCUCGUCAUGGACGAACCAGAGCAUAAAAUCGCGCUUAGCGAUCACGAGGACAAUAACGACGAUGAUAAUGACGGCGACAACAACAUCCAUCGACAGGACUGGCUGGAGGCAGGAGUCCAUUACUCUUCCACGCAGAUCACUCUACACGGAGACGACAUCGUCGACGGGGAUCGUAUCAAUGGUUACGAUCAUCGCGAGGAGGAAAGGAUCACUGAUCUUGAUUUUAUCAGCAUACAAGAAAGGAUCGCGAUGUCUUCCUUGCAAGGAUUACCCCCGUUACCUAGGAGCCUGAGCGGUUUCAACCUGAGCGGACGCGGCGAGAGCGGCGAGCCACCUCCACCGCCCACGAGAUCGUCAAGUAAAUCCCAAAGAGGCGGUAAACCGUCGUCAUCGAGGCCAUCGCCACCUGCCAGACAACUCACCACCCUGGAUACCCAGCUGGCGGUGCUCAGGAGAGAAAUGUUCGGGCUGCGGCAACUCGACCUCUCUUUGUUAUCACAACUGUGGUCCUUGAACGAGUCGAUCCAAGAGUUUCGACAGUUGCUACAGGAGCAAGAGGAUCGAGCGCCUUCGCCAUCGCCCAGUAGCGAAGAGGGAGACGACACAUCCGGAACGCUUCCGCCACCACCUCCAAGAAGGCCGGCACCCACGCUGCAUCAUCAUCGACCGCCACGACCGCCCAGGCUACCCAGACCGUCGGCUAGCGACGAGUCGCCAUCGAGCGAAGAGUACGGAGCCGUUUGACGUAUCGUUACUGAGAGGAAAAAGUACUCAAGAAAGUCUCGAUCCUCUCAUCGCACUUAAAGCGGCGUGCCCUGGGGAAUGCCAAUAUUUACGAGAAAAAAUCUCGAAAAACUGAUGUGAAAACAUAAAUUGCGAGGAUGGACAUUUCCUAUCGGCGGUUAAGACUCGCAUGUGAUGUGACAUUUAAUUACGAACUACUAAUUCCUAAAGGUACCUGUAACGUUACUUGUCGGGUUACUCAAGAUUUCGAUCUAUUAGACAGUUCUCUCUCUUUAAUUCUCGAUUGGGAUCGACUCAAUCGUUUGACUGAGAGAAAUUAUACCCGGUAAAUAAAUCGCAUUGUACACACGCAAACGGUGUUAUUUAUCUAGGGAAGGUGCCGCUUGAAGAAAUUACGAUCUAUGAUGCUGCUUUAGCAUGAAGGAAGGACUUGUAAUCAAAAUGGAAGAUUACGAUAGUUUAGCCGUUAUUGCGGAGAUCGUUUUGCGUAUGCAGGGUAAUAAUCGAUUCGCAGGCUGAAGAAGAGUGUUGAUUUGCCAAUUCGCAGCAACCGACGACAUUCCGUAUAUGUCGCACUCUCUAGAUUAAACAAAAAGGAUUCGAUUGCCACGAGCGAAAGAGCUAAUUUUAGCUCGGCACGCUGCUCUCCUCUCUACUUGUGAUAGCGCUCGAAGGGGCCUUUGAUUAAUGAUAAUCACAUCCAUAUUUGUGCAGAUUAAGAUUCAAGACUUCGCUCCGCCGCGAAGCGACCAUAACAGAUCCGAGCCCGUUGCACCACGAUUCUUUGGUGUUAUAGUCUGAAAAAUAGCACGAUUCAUUGACGUCAUUUAAUUAGAAAAUUUGCUAGUGAGUUUGAAAUCACGGUGUUCUCUUCUCUUUCGUGUUUUUUAUACUGUUGUGCUCAUUGCAAAGUUCAUUCUCGUUGUUGAUAUUUUCGAGUUACUUGCGCAACUAGAUCUACCGUACACGUGAGAAGGAAGGAAAAAUUUAAUAUCUUUGGAAAAUAUAACUAGCGGGAUUUCUAUAAAUACGCGAUUUCCCAUUAUAAGUAUAUCUUUUAGUAUUUUUUUUCUCUGUGACGUCUCAAUCCGUCGAAUUUCCGUGCGUAUGGUAUUUUCGAAAAAAUUAGGAUUAUCAAUGUUUUGCAGUGCCCUUUCGCGUAGAUUAGCACGAGCUGUGUGUAAAGUGAUGUAAGACUAUGCAGAAUAAAUUAAACUUAAUUUAAAU